AAUAUGGCGCUGUCUUUUUUAUUUUUUACUUGUGUGUUAGGAGACUAAGAAUUUUUACGAGUUUUUGGGAGUAUAAUAAUGUCUGAGGAGAAAGGAAAAAAGAGGAGCAAAUCUUGGUAUGUACAACAUGCAAAAAGAUCCAAGAAUGCUAGAGAGCUGGAUGUUGGAAUGCAGGGUGUUCUUAUUACCUGUAAUAUGAAGGAACGGAAAUGCAGUUUUGAAGCCUACAGUCUCCUGAAUGAGUAUGGGGAUCAACUGUAUGGCCCUGAAAAGUUCAUCCAAGAUGAGAACCAGUCAGAAAGUGAUGAUGAGGAAGAUGAUGCUGAAGCAGCCUUGAAGAAAGAAGUCUCUGAGAUUCGCAGCUCAACAGAAAAUAAUUUGCGUAGAUUCCAGGCUUUGGAUAGUGGUGCCAAUAACGUGAUUUUCAUUAGAACCUUGGGUGUUGAGCCAGAAAAAUUGGUGCAUCAUAUUCUGAAAGAUCUUCAUACAACUAAAAAAAAGAAAUCCAGAGUAAUUCUGCGCAUGCUCCCUGUGGCUGGGACUUGCAAAGCUUUUAUUGACGAUAUGAAAAAGUUUGCAAAGUGCUUCCUGGAGCCCUGGUUCAAAGCUCCUAACAAAGGGACUUUUCAGAUUGUUUACAAAGCUCGAAAUAACAACCACAUGAAAAGAGAAGACGUCAUAAAGUCUCUAGCAGAGGUCAUUGGUAGUUUGAACCACGAGAACAAAGUGGAUCUCAAUAAUCCGGAAUAUACAGUAAUUGUUGAAAUAAUAAAAAACGUAUGCUGCAUGAGUGUGGUGCGGGACUAUGUGCUGUUCAGGAAAUAUAAUCUACAGGAAGUGGUAAAGAAUGCCAGUGAAUCGAAACCUGUGCAGUUGCUGCAUGCUCACAGUGAGGAUUUAACAAAUUCAUCUGAAAAGGAAAAACAUGAAGGUCAGAACAAUCAAGAGCAAGAAAAAAUUGAACUUCUAGACAAUCCAGGACAAGAAGUGUGUGGAGAUUCAGGGAGUCAGGAACAUGGCACGGCAACAACAGAAAAAAACAGCACAGAUUUGAAACAGAGUUCAUAGAGCAGUCAUAAACUGGCUUUUCAUACCAGCUUGCCUUGAAAGAAGAAACUUGAUUCUCUUAUUUUGUCUUAAUUUUCCCAGUGAAGUUUUAAUUACUUUGGUUGCAAUUGACACAUCUGAGUUUAAUUUCUUUAAAAAAAAAAAUAAUAAUAAUUUUUUAACUUUUGAGAACUAGGAGAUGUUUAGCUAAAUUUUUUAAACAAUUCCCACUACACUGCUUUGCAUUUUCCCCAUUAUCCUGUUUCUGUUCUAUGUUGAAUUGAUGGAUAUUGUACUGUAUUUGUGCAGGUUAAUGCACAAACCUUUAGCAUUUUUUGUCAUAAUCUCUAUAAGGUCAUGGUGUAGUCAAAUCCUGUCCUGACAGUAAGUGGACACAGCACAGAUAAACUCCCGUCUUGAACAUGCCAAUUCAGCAUAGGCAUGAAUGUUGUGUCUUGUGGUCAAUUUAUAAAAUAUGACUAUGACUUGUCUCUGUAGGAGGAAAAUGGAGCCAAAACAUACAUGGACAGAUUUUAGUCAUCCCAACAGACAUGAACUGAAGAACAAAAUGCUGGAGUAGCAGUGCUAACCUGUGUGUGUGUGUGUGUGUGUGUGUGUGUGUGUGUGUGUGUGUGUGUGUGUGUGUGUGUGUGUGUGUGUGUGUGUGUGUGUGUGUAUAAAUAUGAGUGUCCAGGGUGCAGAGAUUAGGAUAGGGACAGUAGCAUGUGAUAACUCUGGGAGUUAUAGUUUAAGGGGGAAGAUUAAACAAAAACGGUGCCAAAUGUCUUGAAACUGAA